CCCCCACCUGCUUCCGGCCGCGGCUCAGUUCUCGCGCCUCCGCCUCCGCCGCGGCUCGUGGUCGUCCCGCCAUGGCGCUGUCGCGGGGACUACCCCGGGAGCUGGCCGACGCCGUGGCCGGGGGCCGGGUGCUGGUGGUGGGCGCGGGCGGCAUUGGCUGCGAGCUCCUCAAGAACCUCGUGCUCACCGGCUUUUCCCACAUCGACCUGAUUGAUCUGGAUACUAUCGAUGUCAGCAACCUCAACAGGCAGUUUUUGUUUCAAAAGAAACAUGUUGGAAGAUCAAAGGCCCAGGUUGCCAAAGAAAGUGUACUGCAGUUUUACCCAAAAGCUAAUAUCAUAGCCUACCAUGACAGCAUCAUGAACCCUGACUAUAAUGUGGAAUUUUUUCGACAAUUUAUAUUGGUUAUGAAUGCUUUAGAUAACAGAGCUGCCCGCAACCAUGUUAAUAGGAUGUGUCUGGCAGCUGAUGUUCCUCUUAUUGAGAGUGGAACUGCUGGUUACCUUGGGCAAGUAACUACCAUCAAAAAGGGUGUAACUGAGUGUUAUGAAUGUCAUCCCAAACCUACCCAGAGAACUUUUCCUGGCUGUACAAUUCGUAACACACCUUCUGAACCUAUUCAUUGCAUCGUUUGGGCAAAGUAUUUGUUCAACCAGUUGUUUGGGGAAGAAGAUGCUGAUCAAGAAGUAUCCCCUGACAGAGCUGACCCCGAAGCUUCCUGGGAACCAACGGAGGCUGAAGCCAGAGCCAGAGCAUCUAAUGAAGACGGUGACAUUAAACGUAUUUCCACUAAGGAAUGGGCUAAAUCAACUGGAUAUGAUCCGGUUAAACUUUUUACCAAGCUUUUUAAAGAUGAUAUCCGGUAUCUGUUGACAAUGGACAAAUUGUGGCGGAAAAGGAAACCUCCAGUUCCGUUGGACUGGGCCGAAGUGCAAAGUCAAGGAGAAGAAACCAAUGCAUCAGAUCAACAAAAUGAACCGCAAUUAGGUCUGAAAGACCAGCAAGUUCUAGAUGUAAAGAGCUAUGCUUGUCUUUUUUCAAAGAGCAUUGAGACUUUGAGAGUUCAUUUAGCAGAAAAGGGGGAUGGAGCUGAGCUCAUAUGGGACAAGGAUGACCCAUCUGCAAUGGAUUUUGUCACCUCUGCUGCGAACCUUAGGAUGCAUAUUUUCAGUAUGAAUAUGAAGAGCAGAUUUGAUAUAAAAUCAAUGGCAGGGAACAUUAUUCCUGCUAUCGCUACUACUAACGCGGUGAUUGCUGGGUUAAUAGUAUUGGAAGGAUUGAAGAUUUUAUCAGGAAAAAUAGACCAGUGUAGAACAAUUUUUUUGAAUAAACAACCAAACCCAAGAAAGAAGCUUCUAGUGCCUUGUGCACUGGAUCGUCCUAACCCUAAUUGUUAUGUAUGUGCCAGCAAGCCAGAGGUGACUGUUCGGCUGAACGUCCACAAAGUUACUGUUCUCACAUUACAGGAUAAGAUAGUGAAAGAAAAAUUUGCUAUGGUAGCACCAGAUGUCCAAAUUGAAGAUGGGAAAGGAACAAUCCUAAUAUCUUCAGAAGAGGGAGAGACAGAAGCUAAUAAUCACAAAAAGCUGUCGGAAUUUGGCAUUAGAAAUGGGAGCCGGCUUCAAGCAGACGACUUCCUUCAGGACUACACUUUAUUGAUCAACAUCCUUCAUAGUGAGGACCUAGGGAAGGAUGUUGAAUUUGAAGUUGUUGGUGAUGCCCCAGAAAAAGUGGGGCCCAAACAAGCUGAAGAUGCUGCCAAAAGCAUAACCAAUGGCAGUGACGAUGGAGCUCAGCCUUCCACAUCCACUGCACAAGAGCAAGAUGAUGUGCUCAUAGUUGAUUCAGAUGAAGAAGGUCCUUCAAAUAAUGCUGACAUCAGUGAAGAAGAGAGAAGUCGCAAGAGGAAAUUAGAUGAGAAAGAGAAUAUCAGUGCAAAGAGGUCCCGCACAGAACAGACAGAAGAGCUUGAUGAUGUUAUAGCAUUAGAUUGAACAGAAAUGCCUCUGGGCAGAACCCUCUUACUGCAGUAGGUCAUCUGGGCAGAACCAGGUUAUUUGUUAUGUUCUUUGUUCCAAAGGGAAAAAAUUGACACCAGUGACUUGAAGAUGAUUCUGCUCCCUUUGAAAGCAUUCAUUUUGCUAGAACAAUUAGUAACAUUGCAGUAUGCUGUAUUGAAAGUAGGAAUAUAGUUUUUAAAGCCCUUUGAACAAAGUGUGUGCAUAACCAGUCAUGAGAUGAAACAACACAGUGCAUGUUGCCUUUUUAAUGUAAAUACCCUUAGGUAUCAUUUAACAGUUUUAAAAUAUUGUGGUUUAGUAAAGUUGAUACCUGGUUAUAAAUAUUACGCCUUUAUUUUUGGUUAGAAAAAGAAUUAUUUUUAGCCUAGAUCUAACCAUUUUCAUACUCUGACUGAAACAGAUUCAAAGAAGUAUCAAGUGCUAUGCAUUGAAACGUGUUUUUAAAUGUUAACUGGCACUAUGUAUAUUAAUGUAAAACAAUGUUAAUUUACUCAAGUUUUCAGCUUGUACUGCCUGGUAUGUCUGUGUAAGAAGCCAAUUUUUGUGUACUGUUACAGUUUCAGGUUAUUUAUAUUUGAUGUUUUGUAGAACUCAGAUACGACUAUACUGUACUUACGGACCAAAUAAAUGCAUCUGCAUACUUGUCACACAGGCCUGCAUAGUCCCCGUUUCUGCUGCCUUACUGGGUGUACGUAUUACUGCAGGCAUGCGAAAUCCUUCCCUUCUCAAGAGUUAACUCAAAAUGAAUGUGAAGGUUAAAUGAUCUCCACUGUUUGCCAUAGAUAAGUACUUUCUAAAAUAAAACUUUUAAUGGCAAUGUUACUUUUUUAAGUUUGGAUUGUAAACAGCUGAUCUUCUGUUGAGAACAUGAAGUGAUCUUUGCCCAGCCCCAGGAACUUAGAACCUUGGAUUUGAGAUUCCAGAGCAGGGAGAGUCUUUAUUCUGCAGUCUUCUCUGAGUUGCCCCUCCCCACCCCUACCCCCAAUUCGUCAGAGUCCCUUCUUGAGCGUACUGUUGAGGGCCCAACUCCAGCCUACAGAUGUGGGCAGACCAGCCCUGGAUGGAUCAGCACUCAUGUCUCCACCUUGGACCGCAGAGGGCCUUGGCCCUUAGGGUACCCUCCUCACACAGACGUGCCUUGAGUUUUCAGACAACAGAAGCCCCCGAAGCUGUUUUCCCCCCCAUUCUAUACCUCAGCCUUUGGUGGUUUUGGCUACAGUCAAUUAAAUUUCAAAUUGUUAACUCCUUAUUUUGUUCCACUUUGUAUAAUUCUUACUCUGCCAUCUAGCUUAUUAACUCUUGCUCCUUGUUUUGUAUCAUUUGUAAAUUCAGCGUGUAAUCAAAGCCUUCAGCAAAAUCAUGUUGAACAAGACUCAGCCCUCAGGAGCAUGCCGCUUGAUGCCUUCAGGAUGGACUGACUGCCAGCCUUCAGUACCGCACUGAGCAAGCUGAAUCCCCACCUGCAACUUUAGGAGCUUGUGAGGUUCACUUUGCCUUUAGAUUUUUAAAUGUUCCACUUUCCUCCAGAAAAAAUAAUCUCAAAAUUACAAAACGGUAUAAAAUAAUGAAAUAUUCUAGAAUUCCAUCUCUCAGAAACGUGUCAGUUAACUAACUGGGUGGUCACUGGUGAUCAGGUUCAGUUUUGAAAUUCCAUUCCUAAAACCUCACCCUGCCCUUUUAGACUCAAUUGUCAAUGUGUUUCCAGCAUUUUGUAUAUUUCUUUUAUUUUUUUCCCCAUUUAUACGUACAUGGCAGUAAGUGCCAGUUUGAUCUGCAGAGAUAGGCUUCUCUUUUGGCAGAGCAGUGGUUUUUAUCUCUGCAACAAUUCUAUUAACUACCUUUUCCAGCAGGUUCUGUCCAUUUUCUAUCUGUUUUUGUAAAAUUAGGGUUUAUCAGCAAGGCAGGUCUGACACAUGGGUCUUGCCCAAGAAGACUAAGCAGAUCCAAGCUGCCUGCACGCCCCUGAAGCAUGGAUACACUUUAGAUGUGGCCUGGUAUUCGUGAUUUUCCCGUGCGAGUUGUCUUCUCAGAUAGGGGGCGAGACACAGAGCUUGGCAGGGGCCUUUCCCCAGCAGCUCUACCCUGAAAUACAGUCUGACAAAACCAUCUUCCAGCCUUAAUGGGAACAGUCUGCUGACUCAAGUUUACCUAUCUAGUCUGUUGCCCCGAAGAUGAGUCUGCAUACUUGGCAUGUAGGAGACGAUUCAGUGUUUUAAUACGGAGCCUGACCCCUUAAGUAAUAAAUCAGGCAGACAUCAGUGGAUGCCAAAACCUUCAGUAAAAGGCUGUUGAACAGAAUCUUUAUAGUGCUCAAAUGUUGCUGUACAGAUAACUCGGAGAAGAAAAAAGUCAACCUUUGAUAAUGCACUGAUCUGUCACCACUGUAAUCACGUACUCAAACCUGGCAAUCAGGGACAACUUGCCGUGUGCUUCCCAAUGGGAUGAUAGGAAAACUAUGACAGCACUGAGAAAAAACAUGUUAACCUGAACCUGAUGCAGCAGCUAGACCUAGCUUCCAGCUGACUGGAAAGAGGGGGGGUAGAGGAACAAGCUAAGCAAUAUUAGGAGGAAACAGACAAGUAUGGAAUGUGGGACGUUCUCGAACUCAAGUGCAAAAUACAUGACUUUAGUGAUUCUUGCGAUAAUUGGAAAUUUGGAAAUGGGAUAAAGUGAUAAUGGGAGUAUUUUCUUAGGUAUGAUAAUAUCCUUGUACUUACUUAGGCCAGUGUCUUUAUUCUUCGAAUAUUAGGGAUGAAGCUUCAUAACACGAUUUUUAAAUGGCUCAGCAAAAAAUACAGGAAGAAAAAGACAAAAUUAACAUUUAUUGAAUCUAGGUGGACCCUAUAUAUGUUCAUUGUACUAUCAAACUUUUCUCUGAAAACUUUCGUAAUAAAAGUGGAGAUAUAUAUAUAUAUAUAUACAGUCUGUAUUUUCCUUCUGUGCCUAUGUGACUUUCAAGUUUUGUAAUGAAUAUAUCCUAUGAUUUAAAUCAGAAAGGCAAUAAAGAUUAU